CGCACGCGUUAACGGAACACUAGAACGCUUUUUACCUAUUCCUCUAUUGAAUAUUUUAGAGAAGAACAUAUCCAAAGAAAAGUUCUGGAAGAGAACAUCUCGUAGUAAUCCACUUCCAGGAGAUCGCAAGAGAUCGCUGCCCAAGAUGGUGCCCCGUGGUGCAAAUGUGUUGUGGUUCCGUCAUGGUCUUCGGCUGCACGACAAUCCCGCCCUGUUGGCAGCCCUCGAGGAGAAAGAUCAAGGCAUUCCCCUGAUACCCGUAUUCAUAUUCGACGGCGAGAGUGCAGGCACCAAAAGCGUGGGCUACAACCGUAUGCGCUUCCUGCUGGACUCUCUGCAGGACCUCGACGAGCAACUGCAGUCGGCCACCGAGGGACGCGGUCGGCUGUUCGUGUUCGAGGGCGAGCCGACGCUCAUCUUCCGGCGGCUGCACGAGCAAGUGCGUCUGCACAAGAUCUGUGCCGAACUGGACUGCGAGCCCAUCUGGAACGAACGGGAUGAGUCCGCCAGGCUGCUGUGCCGCGAGCUGGGCAUCGAGUACGUGGAGAAAGUGUCCCACACGCUGUGGGAUCCACGCCUCGUGAUCGAGACGAACGGCGGCAUACCUCCACUGACCUAUCAGAUGUUCCUCCACACCGUGCAAAUCAUUGGAGUGCCACCGCGACCCGCAAUCGAUGCCCACAUCAAUGAUGCCACAUUUAUCCAACUGGCGCCGGAACUAAGGCAACAUCUGGGCUGUUUCGAUCAGGUUCCCAAUCCGGAGCACUUCAACAUCUACAGCGACAACAUGGGCUUCCUGGCGAAGAUCAAUUGGCGCGGCGGCGAGACCCAGGCCCUGGCGCUCCUCGAGGAGCGCUUGAAGGUGGAGAGGAACGCCUUUGAGCGGGGCUACUAUCUGCCCAACCAGGCGAAUCCCAACAUCCAGGAGGCUCCCAAGUCCAUGAGCGCCCACCUGCGUUUCGGCUGCCUCUCCGUGCGCCGCUUCUACUGGAGCGUCCACGAUCUCUUCGAGAAUGUCCAGCUGGCGGCCUGUGUCCGCGGCGUUCAGAUAGAGGGCGGCGCACAUAUCACCGGGCAGCUUAUCUGGCGGGAGUACUUCUACACGAUGUCUGUGAACAAUCCCAACUACGACCGCAUGGAGGGAAAUGAGAUAUGCCUGACCAUACCUUGGGCAAAACCCGAUGAAAAUCUCCUGCAGCGCUGGCGCUUGGGACAGACGGGUUUCCCCCUGAUCGAUGGUGCCAUGCGGCAGCUCCUUGCCGAGGGCUGGCUGCAUCACACGCUCCGCAACACGGUGGCCACCUUCCUCACCCGCGGCGGGCUCUGGCAGAGCUGGGAGCCCGGCUUGAAGCACUUUCUCAAGUAUCUGCUCGAUGCCGAUUGGUCGGUGUGUGCUGGCAACUGGAUGUGGGUCUCGAGCUCGGCCUUUGAGCGCCUGCUGGACUCUUCUUUGGUGACCUGUCCUGUGGCACUGGCCAAGCGACUCGAUCCGGAGGGGGUUUACAUUAGGAGAUAUGUCCCAGAGCUGAAGAAUUUACCCAAGGAAUAUAUCCACGAACCCUGGCGCUUGUCGGCGGAGCAGCAGGUGAAGUUCGAGUGCCUGAUUGGAGUCCACUAUCCAGAGCGGAUUAUAGAUCUAUCGAAGGCCGUGAAGCGCAACAUGAUGGCCAUGACUGCGCUGCGGAACUCCCUGAUCACACCGCCGCCCCAUUGCCGGCCCUCCAACGAGGAGGAAGUGCGUCAAUUCUUCUGGCUGGCCAACUAUUAAAUGGAAUCUACUACCAUAAUCCCUAUAUUAAUGUUCAAAAUACCUCUACAUACCAUAUAUCCUACUCUAUACUCUAUACGAAUAAAUAGUCAAUUGUCCGCG